UAGCCGAACAAAUUGAAUUCAGUUACCGUCGGCAGAAAAAUAUGUGACGUGAAUCCACCAGUAGUAGCGAAACAUUCAACGCCAUGAUAUCAUUUCUCGUCUACUUGGUCUUAAGUUCGCUUUACGCUGUCAACAAAUUGCCGUUUGCUGGCACUGUUAAAACGAGCACGUCGCAAACACAAGUGACUCAAGAACAAUUCGGUGUGAUUCGUCAAUCAUCCAAAGGAAAUGAAACCGUCACGAAAUUUACGCUGACUAAUCGACAUGGAGUUAAAGCGCAGUUCAUUACGUUCGGUGCUACGCUAACGAAUCUCUUCAUUCCCGACCGGAACGGAACGUUUCAGGAUGUGCUUCUCGGUUUUGAUGACUUGGACGGAUUUAUGGGCUUGAAAGGACGGAAUCCUUACUUUGGCAGCACAGUGGGUCGGGUCGCAAACCGAAUCGCAAAAGGCCGUUUUCGUUUGGACGGAGUUGAAUAUCGACUGGCAACUAACAAUGGAGAUAAUCAUCUGCACGGUGGUAAUGUUGGCUUUGAUAAAGUUCAUUGGCAGCCGUACGUACAUGACGAUGGCAGUGUUACGUUCACUUACUCAAGUCCGCAUAUGGAAGAAGGAUAUCCUGGCCAUCUGUACGCUCAAGUCACUUACACGUUAACGGAUUCGGAUGAAUUAAUUAUUGAUUUCAAGGCAUCGACAGAUCGUCCAACACCUGUCAAUCUUGCCAAUCACGCUUACUUUAAUUUGGCCGGACACGACGCUGGGCGUCAACAACUUUACGAUCAUCGCAUUCAGCUUUACGCAAAUCAUUACACGCCCGUUGAUGUUGCAAAAAUCCCAACCGGAGAAAUCGCCACGGUCAAUGGCACAGCAUUCGAUUUGAGGAAUGAGACUCGUCUGGGAGAUGUCAUUCAACUGAUCCCCGAUGGAGGAUACGAUCACAAUUUCGUUGCCAGCGGUAGUUCGUUUAAAUUGUAUAAAACACUUCCAUUAGUUGUCCAGUUAUGGCAUCCGAAAUCUGGCCGGCGCAUGCAAGUGUUCAGCAAUCAGCCGGGUUUUCAGCUUUACACGGGCAAUUUUCUUCCCACGGAUGACUCGUUAUUAGGGAAAAACGGCGCGUUUUAUUCCAUGCACGGUGGACUGUGCAUAGAGACUCAAAAUUUCCCGAACGCCAUCAAUCAGCCCAAUUUCCCGGAUUCGGUUCUCCGACCAGGAACGGUUUAUCAUCGCACCACAGCUUUCAAAUUUAGCAACAAGUAAUUGAGCCAGAUCACAUUGGAGAAUCAAAAACUGCACACACGUGAAAACAAUUGCACCGGAAGGUUCACACGAA